CGUGGAAAUACCCUCCUUGCUUCUCUCAGGAACGUGGCUUGGGAGUUCGCCGACAUUGAUUCGGAUUAUGUACUGGGCAGAAACCACUGCGCCUAUUACCUCAGGUCAGAGUCCCGCAUAGUAGUGAGCCAUUGCCCACCUACAUCCACUCGCCCUCAGUUCCUUUCCUAUUCAAGGGGGUUCUUGCAUACUAAUUUUGCGAGCCUUUUGCACACACGACCGUACUUUGUCGACACCAAGCAGGUCGAGGGUUUCUUGGGACUGCAUCGAAGCUCUUCCGUCUCCGCUGGCAAUUUCCCCACUCGAUGUUUGUACGCCUGA